AUGUCCAGGAAAGAGGAAGCUGUCAAAGGGUUUAUUACUUGUAAGACACUGCUAGAUUUAAUCCUUAAGUAUUCCCUUAGUUUGCAGGGUGUGAAUCCUUUAGAUCUGGGGAUGAAUGAGGUAAUUGAGACUCCAGAAAGGUUUAGUAACUUGCCUGUAACCACACAAUGGAGCAUUAAUAGUUAUGCACGAGUCCGAGCUGUGGUGAUGACCCGAGAUGACUCAAGUGGUGGAUGGUUACCACUUGGAGGGAGUGGACUAAGCUGCGUCACUGUCUUCAAAGUCCCUCACCAGGAAGAGAAUGGCUGUGCUGACUUUUUUAUCCAUGGAGAGCGACUCAGGGACAAAAUGGUGGUUUUGGAAUGUAUGCUUAAAAAGGACCUCAUUUACAAUAAGGUCACUCCAACAUUUCACCACUGGAAGAUUGAUGACAAAAAGUUUGGCCUUACCUUUCAGAGUCCUGCUGAUGCUAGAGCUUUUGAUAGAGGCAUUCGAAGAGCGAUAGAGGAUAUUUCUCAAGGAUGCAGAGCAUCAAAAACUGAAGCUGAAGGACCAGAAGAAGAUGACUUACCAGUACCUGAAGAGGAUACUUCCAGUUCUCUAGUGAAAGACCACCUUUUCCAGCAAGACACAGUUGUUACCAGUGAGCCUUAUAGAAGCUCAAAUAUGAGACCUUCUCCAUUUGAAGAUCUGAAUGCCAGAAGAGUCUAUUUGCAAAGCCAAGUCAAUCAGAUAACAUUUGGUCAGCGAGGCCAAGACAUUCAGAGCAGAGGUAUGGAAUAUGUCCAACGGCAAACGUCCAAGGAAUGUGGAAGCCUAAAGUCCCAAAACAGGGUUCCAUUGAAAUCAAUCAGACAUGUCAGUUUUCAAGACGAGGAUGAGAUUGUCAGAAUAAACCCUCGUGAUAUCUUAAUUCGUCGCUAUGCAGACUACAGACAUCCUGAUAUGUGGAAAAAUGACUUGGACAGAGAUGAUACUGACUCCAAUAUUCAGUUCUCAAAACCAGACAGUAAAAAACCAGACUAUCUGUACUCCUGUGGGGAUGAGACUAAGUUGAGUUCACUCAAAGACUCUGUGGUAUUUAAGUCACAGCCUUCCUCGUUGAAAUUUAAGAAGUCAAAACGAAGAAAAGAGGAUGGUGAACGUUCUCGCUGCGUAUACUGCCAGGAAAGGUUUAAUCAUGAAGAAAAUGGCAGGGGGAAAUGUCAGGAUGCUCCAGACCCUAUUAAAAGAUGCAUAUAUCAAGUUAGUUGCAUGCUCUGUGCAGAGAGCAUGUUGUAUCAUUGUAUGUCAGACUCAGAGGGAGAUUUUUCUGAUCCCUGUUCAUGUGACACUAGCGAUGACAAGUUCUGCUUACGAUGGUUAGCCCUGGUAGCUUUGUCUUUCAUUGUACCAUGUAUGUGCUGCUAUGUCCCUUUGAGAAUGUGCCAUCGCUGUGGUGAGGCAUGUGGGUGCUGUGGUGGGAAACAUAAAGCUGCUGGAUGA